AUGUUAAUUUGUCGGAGAAAAUUUAAACCAUUGUGGUUUUCUAAAACUGCUUUUGCAAUCGCUGUUUUAGGAUUACCUCCAUUGUACGUAGCAUCUGUGCAUUAUGAGCAUGUAAAUAGUUUAUUCCCAUUUGUUAGUUCAUUUGGCGUAUUUCCACCAGAAAAACAUUGGUUUCGAGUGCUGAUGAUUAGCUAUGCUCUAUUCAAUAUGGCGGGAAACUGUUUUUGGUUCAUGAUAGCUAGACGUAAAAUUGUAAUUAUGACCAAAUCUCUUAUUCCUCAUCUAAUCAACUCAUCUAUCAGACUAUUAAUGAUCAUUUCUGGAUUGUGUUUAAUCGGUCUAUCGAUUUUCGAUAUGGAGAAUUACAAUGAAAUACACUAUCUGAUGACAGUUGGGAACUUUACGUGUCAUGUCCUGUCGGUAUUGUUUGGAUGUUGCCUAGUGGUCAAAUAUUUUGAGAAACCUUUCUGGUUUAGUUGCUUUCGCCUUCUGCUUAUUGUACAAAUGGUUAUCGGAGCAAUGUUAUUUGUUUAUUUCAACGUAAUCGGGCUUCCUUUAUUGAAUACAUCGAAUAUUUAUCGAAUGAAACCAACUGAUGGUGGCUACUGGGAAUUCCUUUAUUGUGCAAUUGCUGAGUGGGUUAUGGUGCUUGCAUGCAUUCUAUUCACUUUAGUCAUUGCUCUGGAAACACAAACAUAUGAAGACGUUUUAGUACGAAGUAAAAUUAGAAAUAUUACCACGAUACAACUUAUGAAACAAGUUUAA